UCCGGCCGCCGCGCCACCGCCGCCAGGAUGAUCCCGCCGGUGCAGGUCUCGCCGCUCAUCAAGUUCACCCGGUACUCGGCCCUGCUGGUGGGGAUGAUCUACGGCAAGAAGCGAUACGACUACCUAAAGCCUAUUGCUGAAGAAGAGAGAAGAAUAGAGGCUGAAGAGAAAAAGAAACGUGAAGAACUUGAGCGGAUUGCAAAAGAGCUUGCAGAAGCAAGUGAAGACUCCAUUUUGAAAUGAACAAAAGAUUGGAUCUUAAUUUCACACAUGGAAAUACAUGGCUAGACUCUGAACUGUUCAGUGGUUGGUGGACUUUGCGUGCUAUUCUAUCAAUAAAGUACUUGCAACAUUUCA